AUGGCGCCGCUCAAGGACCGCAUCUCCUCCCCCCUCGAGGCCGGCCCCUCCGUUCUCGACACCCACCACAUCGCGCCUCAUCUCGUCCCCGUGCUCGAGUAUACUUCUAGCAGACUGGCCAAGAAGGCCGUUCACUUGACCCUCAUCGUCGUCAAGAGAGACUACCAGCUGCUCAACUCGGUUCCCUCGCCGAUCCCCCAUUCGAUGCCCGGAACCCCUGACUCGCCUCUGCCUACCGGUGGCAGCUCCGGCAGCAGUCGGCUCGGAUUCUCCAGCCCCGUCGUGGCCCUGAAGCAUCUCAUGCGAUCCGCCUCGCAGCAUGUUGUUGGCUCGAGUCCCAGGAGCGUCGUACCGCCCAUCUCGUACCCCAUCGCCGAGCCAUCGCCGAGUCCCAGGUUCCGGUGGCCGCUCUCCCCUACCACGCCCUUGUCGCCACCCCCAAUGACUCCGUCGACGGCAUCGUCAUUGACGACUACCGAUAGCAAUGGGCCGCCAACACCCAAUUACACUGGCCUCCGCUGCUUCCAUUCGGGCGACGUGUCGCCGCGAACAGAGAAGAUUCUGAAGAGCACCCUCAUCAAGGCGGGGAACAAAUUCGGCGUUGGAGAUUCGAAAGAGAGUGUGAAACAGGGGAAGAGAGAGAGAGAAGAGAAGAGAAGAACGUGUAUUGACAAAAGCUUCGUCUCCAGGAGCGGAUGGCUUGUCCCCUUCACAAGCCCCAGCACCCGCGAUCUCACCACCCAGCUCUUCCACAGCUCCGUCGUCCAAAACGAAAUCCUCUUCUCGUCAGACGGCCUCACCCUGCUCACUCUCGACCGCCUCUACGGCAUCAAGAGCGCCCUGUCGAGCUACUCCAAAACAUCCUCGGCCUUGCGCCUCGAAGACGCCGUCGACGAGCUGCGCCGCUACGUCCUGGCCAACAACGGCCGAAAGGUCACCAGGGCGGACCUCCUCCGGUCCUACGACUGGCUCAGCGUCAGCAACACCGCCAUUACCGAGCUCGACCGCAUGUAUCGGCGAGCUUACGGCGGCGCGGACCGUGUCGGCGGCAUCGCCGGCAUGCCCCUGGACCGUCCGCCGAAACCCUUCGUGCUCCAUCUCCCCCCCAAGAAUAAGUUCCUCGACGACUGGGAGGACGGCGCCAUCAGCCCCUCGAGCACGAUCCUCGACGAGGGCAUCGUCAAGGUCGCCAUGACCGCCGUCAAGCUCUCCCGGCCGCCGACGCCUCGCAGGAUCGGCCCCUCGCUGAAGCUGCAGACCGACUUCACGCCCAGACCUGAAGCACCAGAUGAAGAAAAGUCCAUCAUGGUAAAGGCCAACGACUCCGAUGAGGAGGUUCACACGGCGCGGCCCAUUGACCGAUCCACGGCAUCCAUGUGGAACAGCAGGUUUACAAUCGACCAGAUGCUCAGUCCAGCCGCCAACCAGGACUUGCAAGCCCACUCACCCGCCAUAGGGCCCAUGACGCCUCACGCAUACGACGAUAUAUCGCCGGUUACACGUGGGGAAUGGGGUUUCCUCAUGGGCGGCAACGGGCUGAACAUAGGUAAAACUGCUGCGGUGGAAACCUUCUGA